UGCGGGACAGUAACAAGUGAUAACCCAUUGAAUGAAGUUCAGUCUCAAAUAUUCGAAGAAAGAGAUUCCUAAAACCCUAAUCUUCCAAAACCCUACACUCUCUCAUGGCGUCGUCGUUAAUUCGCCUCCGCCGAACCCUCAGAGCACUCUCCGGCAUCACCCAGUCCAUCUCCGUCACGCAUGCGCCGUCGUUUUCCGCCCCUGUCAGGUGCGCCGUUUCAUGGAAUUGCCACUCUCCGAAGGGGGUGGUUCAGUCCCGUUCUUUCAGGUCAUCUUCAACUUCUCUCCUUUCUGUUAGAUCCUCGCAGAGCAACAUCCCCGACGAGAUUGGUCCCGAUACCAUUCUCUUCGAGGGCUGCGACUACAACCACUGGCUCUUCGUCAUGGACUUCCCCAGAGACAAAUUACCCCCUCCCGAAGAAAUGGUUCGUGUUUACGAGGAAACUUGUGCCAAGGGCCUCAACAUCAGUGUGGAAGAAGCGAAGAAGAAGAUAUAUGCGUGCAGCACAACAACUUACACAGGCUUUCAGGCAGUCAUGACCGAAGAAGAGUCUAAAAAAUUUGAAGGUCUUCCUGGAGUCAUCUUUGUGCUACCAGAUUCCUAUAUUGAUCCAGUGAACAAGCAGUACGGGGGAGAUCAGUACAUUAAUGGAACUAUUAUCCCCCGACCUCCACCGGUACAGUAUGUGAGAAAUCAGGGAAGACGAGACCGGAAUAGAAGUCCUGGUCAGUACAACCGACAAGAGAACCCAGUGCCAAGCUCUCAAGGGAAUCCCUCUUACAAUGGUCAGGAGUCCAUGCCAGGGGAUGGAAGAAACUAUGCGCCUCCACAAAAUUAUCCACCCCCACAGAACCAUGGUCAAGCAUCACAGAAUUAUCCGCCUCGACAGAAUUAUGGCCAAGCAUCACAAAAUUAUCCACCCCAACAGAACUAUGGCCAAGCAUCACAAAAUUAUCCACCCCAACAGAAUUAUGGCCAAGCAUCUCAGAAUUAUUCACCACAACAGAAAUAUGGCCAGACAUCACCGAACUAUCCUCCCCAACAAAAUUAUGGCCAAGCAUCUCAGAAUUAUCCACCACAACAGAAAUAUGGCCAGACAUCACAAAACUAUCCUCCCCAACAAAAUUAUAGCCAAGCAUCACCCAAUUUACCCCCCCAACAGAACUAUGGUCAGGCAUCACCCAACUUUCCAUCCCAACAGAACUAUAGUCAGGCUUCGCAAAAUUAUCCACCCCAACAGAACUAUGGUCUGGCAUCGCAAAAUCAUCCACCUCAGCAGAACUUCGAUCAAGCACCACAGAACUAUCCACAAUAUGCUCAGCAGCAGGGCUUUGGACCUCCAGGAGGACAAGGGGAAAGGAGUUAUAUGCCACAGCAGAACAUUGGACGACCCGGACAAGGAGAAAGAAGAGAUCCUGUGCCUAGGCAUGGUGCUUCAGAUGUCAGGGGUGACACUUUUGUACCGUCAUAUAUGAAGGAUUUCAAGCCAUCAUACAUGGAUGAAUUUGAACAGGCUGAGCGGGGGAAUUAUCCUGCCAAAGAACAGACAGAGUCUCAACAAAGAUAUCCACCUUCUGGCCCAGACAAUUUUACUGGACAGGGAAGAUAUUGAGAGUAGUCUGAGACACGUGGGGGGCUUGUAUUAAAGUACUAAUCACAUUCUAAGCUGAUUUGCAUGUCCUUUCCAUUCGGUGGAAUAUUGAUUCAUUGAGCUGUUGGUGUGUAUCGAUUAAUUUAGUUCAUGCACUGCUGUGACAAAGUUGAAUGUGGUAUGUAAGUUAGUACCGGCUGCUACCUUGUUUUUUGAACAUGGUUGAACUGUGAAUUUCACGUGGUACUUUGCUCUUUUA